AUGCCCGGGGACACCCACCCCGCGCACGACAUUGUCAUGGGCGACGACCCGUCUGCAUUCACAUUCUCCUUCCCCCCCACCGGCCCAGCAGCCUCGGGCCCCACCGUGCGCCGUGCCCCGCCUGCUGCCAUCCCCAACUUUCCAAACGCCACAGAACAUCGCAGCCCGCCCCCCGCCGUCCCCUUCUCGCCGUCCCCGACCAACUCCCCCAUGCCCCACUCUCCUUUCCACUCCCCCGAACAGGCCGGCCGUCCCCAUGCCCGCCAAUUCAACGUCCAUCAGCCCUUUGCUACGCCCGCAAACGAACCGCCGUCGCCCUGGCAGACACUCGCAGCUAGCUCGGGUGCACCCACGCCGUCGAUAGAGGGUGGCCCGCUGGGCCGAAGCAGUCCCCAUCUCGGAUAUCCGUUCGAGAGGCUCAACAUCGGCAAUAUCUGGAGUGGUAACAAUCUGUUUGAAGAGCCUGCUCAGUCGACGCGUGACCCAGAGCCGAGCCUAGGGGACAGCGGAUUCUUUGACCCUGCAGCCUUGUCUGCAGAAAGGAGAAGAACGUCCCUGCCGAUUAAACUUGGUUCCAGUCUGGCUCCACCGCACUCCACCAAGUCUCCCAGUCCUCUUGCCACCAAUGUUGGUCAGUCGGGCGUCAGGGCUCAGAUGAUUUCCGUCGCCGAUCUUGCCAAAGUCCUGCCUCGCUCCACCACCCUCGUCCUCGACGUCCGCCCACCCUCUUCCUUCAGAACGUCACAUAUACCAGAUUCCCACUCCAUUACCAUCCCAUCGACGCUUCUCCGCCGUUCCGGCUUCGAUAUAUCAAAAUUGGUGCAAAUGCUUUCGCCUGAAUCGAGUCGUGAUGUCUCCCACUGGCGUGAAAAGUCGGACAUUGUCCUGCUCGACGCCGACAGCUCGUCGUUGUCAGUGGGUGGCGUUCUUGACGGUCUGGCGUCCAAGUUUACAAGAGAGGGGUACACCAAGGGAUUGUGGGUCGUAAAAGGUGGACAUGCGGCGAUCAAGUCGAGUGGCGCGACUCCCCUGGUGUCUGACGGGCGCGAUGAAGCGUCUCGGCAUCAGGAAGCCGCCGGCCCACAGGGGGGUUCGAUGGCAGGCGGGUUGACAUCAGCAGCGUUCAUGCAAGAAUCAACGGCAGGCGGUGUCAAAUCUCGACGUCAGCCGCCACCCAAAGGCCUCACUAUCCCCGCCACGCCAGCGUUCAAUCUCACCUCGAGCCCAUUUGGCGCCUUGUCGAUGGACACGGCCACCACCGAACGUCCCACCAAUAGGACGCCGUCUAUGACUAUACCCGGCUUCGACAAUGCCCGACCCUCGGUCGCCAAGCUGCAGCCUGCCAAUCCCUUUUUUGACAAUAUCCGACAGAAUCUCGAACUGUCUCAUGGCGGCAUCACCGAACGGAUUCCGCUCAACCUGCCUGCUUCAAUCAGACAGAAUGCCGACAAGUUCCCAGCAUGGCUGCGCGAGCUGGUGAUCAUGGGUGAGAAGGAGUCUCAAGAGCAGCUUGCUCAAGAGUUCUAUAAUCUCGAGCUGCAUGAGCAGAGACGUCUUCAGGCAGUCAUGGAAUGGCAUACCAAAGGGUCAGGCGGUGUCUUGCAUUAUGGUGAAGGCUUUGCGUCGCCUCUGCCGGAAGGGAAGCGUGAAAAGGCUAGCUGGGAGAGGGCUGUGCAGGACCAGUGUGAUAUGUCAGAGCUGCAGAGGUUGGUCGAUUGGGAGACGGGCAAGGCCGAGCACGAGUAUUUCCCGUUCUCUAUUACUGCCGGCGUCGAGAGGGGUACGAAGAACAGGCAAGUCUGUCUGAAAUACAAAAACAUCUGGCCUUAUGACUUUUCGCGCGUCCGCCUCGAGUCGCCGCCUGACCAAGACUCCGAUUAUAUCAACGCGUCCUUCGUCCAACCUCGUGGAACGGCCCGACGUUACAUUGCCACUCAGGGUCCUCUCGACGCCACUUAUCGUGAUUUCUGGACGCUAGUCUGGGAACAGAAUGUGCGAGUCAUUGUCAUGAUCACCAAGCAGUUUGAGGGCGGCUUGAUCAAGUGUGGCAAUUACUGGGAUCAACGUCAGUAUGGUCAUAUGAAGCUGGAAAAGGUGAAACAGACUGGAGGCGAGGACAAGGGUCAGCCGUCGGCGGCUGCAGGCUUUGAUUUCGGACCCGCUGCCGCGACGCCUGUCUCAUCCCAGUUCCCCAAAAGCAACGAAGCCAACAUUACGCGUACCUUCCUACUCUCUCGCACCGAUAAACCCGAGGAACCGCCCAGAAAAGUUGUGCAGAUCCAGUGUGUCGGAUGGCCAGACUUUGAUGUCCCGGAAGAGCCGGAAACGUUGUUGAGAUUGGUCAACGAUGUCAAUGUGGCUGCUGAGCAGGUCAAGCCGGAGGGUUGUGAGAGAAAGUCUGAACAGCCCCCUGUCUUGGUGCACUGCUCUGCCGGUGUCGGCAGAACGGGUAGUUUCAUCGUUGUCGAUGCCGUCCUUGACGGCCUUCAUCGCGAGAUCCACGAGGAAAAGUCGAGGAAUCGUUCACAGUCUCUCAUCGAGGAGGCUUCCCAGCCCGAGGCUAUCCCACCUCAUCACGCCAACUCUGCGCCAGCAGCGUCUUCCGGAUCCCAGACACCAGCCAACAGUGCGCCCGACACCCAUCUCCUCAGUGUCAGCCCAGUCAAGCGAACAUUGAGCGGGACGCCCGUCACGCCACCAUUUACAUCGUCCCCUGGGACAUUGCCUGCGGGUGAUGAUGGAGCGGCGGUAUCCAAUUUUGACCUGCCUGCUCAGCAAGAGAAGGGUAUGGAGGGUAUGGAUGUGGACGCGCCUAAAGCGUCUUUCAAAGAUGAGAGGAGUGCAUUCUCGAAAUACAGAGGCAGCUCUGUGGCGAGCGUUUCAAGUGAUAACGAUACGAGGAGACCGAGUCUCUCUUCCAUUUACACUCCAUCAGAGAGGCUGUCAGACGAGUCAAUCCAGCAACGAGUUGGUCGCCCAAAGCCUGUUAUUGGCUCUGAUCGCCGCCACCGCAGCCCAUCCCCAAUCUCCCGUCUCAACCACCCCGUGUCCUCUGUCCUUGAAGGGAUGCGAGUUCAACGCAUGUCUCUUGUUCAGACAUUACGCCAGUAUCUCUUUGUGCACCGAGCCAUCAUCUAUCAUUAUCUCAAUAUGAUUGAAGAUGACGAGACCUCAAGCAAUAUCGCACGGCCCGAAAGCGUACCUCUACAGGGUACACAGGGUAAACAGAAGGGGUCGUCUGGUUCUUCUGGCUCUGCGGGGUCAUUGCAAUCACUGGGCUCCGGCUCAGGGUCUUUCGCGUCGACGACCGGCUCUGUUGGAAGCGGUCUGCUAUCCUCGUCUGGAAUACCAUCCAUGACGACGGGCAGUGCCAGCGGUAGCACAGACGACGAGUCGCACACCAAACGCCGUGCUAGCCCGACCGAGAUCCACCCCGACUCGGUACUUGGAAGCGGAGCUCCUGGGCUGACGAAACGCCCGAGUUUCAAAAAGAUGCGGCCAGCUGUGGGAAGCUUGGCUAGUACUGCAGCUGGGGGUACAGGCAGGCUCGGGAAGGGGAGGACAUGGAUGGGGACAGGCGAGUCGGCCCUAGAAGAGAAGAGUCCAGAGGAGGAGAAGGAGAUCAAGCGAUGA